GGAGGGGCAUGAGGGUUGCGCGUCCCACCGUCCCUCAGCUAAACGGCGGGGAGCCGGGGCGGGGGGCUGGUGUGUGGAUUUCGGCUGCGGAGCCCUGAGGCAUCGCUGCCGUCUCUUAACGUGACUGAAAGCUUGACUGGUUUGGCCUCUGGAUCUUUCUGUGAAGUAAAGUGACCAAGGCUUGGCGUUCUCAGGCUAAUCCUGGUUCUGAGAACAUACCAGGAAUAUGUCACAACUCCAAACCAGCAAAGGCUAAGUGCCAAUCUUCUUCAGCUAAUGAGAAAUGAAUGCUCCAGAGCAAUGCACUCAGCACUGUCUCCUCCAUUCACCACCACCCCCCCCCCCAAAAGUUUAUACUGCUGUCUUCCCAACUCAUAUCCCAGAACGAGCAGCUGGAGUGUAUCACAGGGAGUCACGCUCUGGAAAGUACCAGCUCACCUAUGCAGAAGCAAAAGCAGUCUGUGAAUAUGAGGGAGGACAUCUAGCUACCUAUCAGCAGCUGGAGGCGGCAAGAAAAAUAGGUUUCCAUGUAUGUGCUGCUGGCUGGAUGGCAAAGGGCAGAGUUGGUUAUCCCAUAGUAAAAGCUGGAGCCAACUGUGGCUUUGGAAAAACUGGUAUUGUUGAUUACGGGAUUCGCCUCAACAGAAGCGAGAGAUGGGAUGCCUACUGCUACAACCCUAACGGAAAAGAAUGUGGUGGAGUCUUCACAGAUUCAAAACAUGUUUUUAAGUCACCAGGCUAUCCAAAUGAGUAUGAAAAUGACCAAAUUUGCUACUGGCAUAUUAGAGUAAACUAUGGACAACUUAUUCAUCUACAGUUUCUAGAGUUUGAUGUUGAAGAUGACACUGCUUGUAUGGCUGAUUUCUUGGAAAUCUAUGAUAGCUAUGAUGAUAUCAAUGGCUUUGUGGGCAGGUUUUGUGGAGAUGAGUUGCCAGAUGAUAUCAUUAGCACAGGCAAUGUUAUGACCUUGAAGUUUUUGACAGAUGCCUCAGUGACUGCUGGUGGUUUUCAAAUUAGAUAUACUACUAUGGACACACCUUCAAAAUCAAGUGAUGGAAAGAAUACAACAUCCCAAGGAAAAACAAACUUCUUAUCCGGAAAAUUUGGUAUUAUGUGAGCAGAGUAAUGAGAUACACUCAUUAAGAAACAUGUUUUAGAACCCAAUUCAGAUAUCUGUUUCUUCAGAUAAGACAUUUUCUUCAUAUCUUUCUGACUUUUUGUUUUCUGCCUUUAUAUACAUUUUGUUAAUAAAGUAUACUAGGAAAUAACUUAUAAAAUAUACUUACAUGAAUAAUAGAAGACUAUUUUUAGAUUACAAGUACUGUAAAAAUCUGAAGAAUUCAUUGUUAACAAAGAUUUUAAAAUUAUUUUUCUAUGUAAACUGCUCCUUCUCCUCAUUUCUUGCACCAUUUGAACAAACUUUUGUGUGACCGUUUCAAUUAUUUUUAAAUUUAAUAUGCUGUUCUCUCCUUAUUUUCUUUGAUUUCCACAUAUUUAUUUUUUAGAUUGUUGCUUUGUUUCUUCAUUUUCUCUACACAUUGUUAUUUUUUUAAUUAACUCAUUUCCCUGAACUCAAAAGGCCUUUAGAAUAAGCUUAUUUUUUAGAUGCAUAAAUUCAUUUUGUGGAUGGCCUAGCGACCACCUAUGUAAUCUCUGAAGCCAAAAGAUUGGCAAGCAGCAUGAACAGCACAGAAUCAAUUACAUCAUUGUCAUAAUUUUGUUGUGAGAUGAAUUAGAAACUACUCAGUGAAUUUUGUCAGGGUUUCCUCAUCCAGAGAAGAGAUGUUCAAGUCCUUUCACUUCUCUGAUUUCACUUAGUAAAGAAUCAGAUUAAAGACCUGGUAAUGAUAAUAAAACUGGUGAGAUGAAGCAUCAAAAGAAAUUGCUAACUGAGCACCAGCAACUCUGUUCAGACGAUACUGUCGAGAUGCUGUAUGUUGUUUACACGGGUUUUAAGAAGACUGUACUAUUUUGAAUUGAUGAACAUAAGUCAUUCUCUGUGUUUUUAACUUCCGUUUAAAUUCCUCAGUCUGAAGCAGCAUUAAAGCUACCUCUGUUUUAAUCA